AUGAAGUCCGUGGGCAAACUGCUGAGAACCCUGAGUGGAGAUGGCAUGUCGCCUCGCCGAGAACGGAGGAAUCGAUCUCCAUUGCGCAACAAGUCUCGAUCACCCCGUCGCAAUCGCACCAUGGAAUCCCGACCAAACUCCCCACCCCCCAACGAUGCCCAGCUGUAUUGCAGCGACAUGUAUUCCGAGGAUUACGUCCGGGACAGUAUCGAUGCCGUCGCCAUUGAUAUCCACGUCGACACGAUUGUUUUGGAAGAUUUAAUUGAACGCAACAAUGCACGCCUUACCAAGGCCGUUCUCGAUUUGUUUGUGAAUACCACGCAAAGUGAAUCGUUGGAUGCACAACAGCAAGAACAAGAACAACAAUCUACCGAGUUAAAACAAUCUACCGAGUUACGAGGAUCCUCCAAUACUUCUUCCACGACAUCCUCUUCAACCUUUAUGAGAUCGAGCACGGGCAGUUCAUUGACGGGAAGUUUUAGCCGCAAGAAAUCAUCCAAACAACAACAAAAUUUGAUUCAAAAGCGGGUUUGGAAAAGCAUUCUCUUUGUGGACUGCAUCAGCGACGGAGACAGUUAUCAAGCCUAUCUCGAUCAAAAGCGAGAGUUUGUCGCGUCGUUGACCCGGUUUCUCCGCAUGAAGGGAUUCCAAAACGAUUUGCCCAUUCGGUUCAAUGCCAAAAUUGAAAUUCACACACUGCUCGAAGCGCCCACCAUUUUACAACUCUUGCAAGCCAUUCAACAAGACGAUACCGUCACACGGGUCGAAUUUGGGGGAGCGCUCCGACGAAACGAACGACGCGUUCCGGAAGAAUUUGAAAAAUUGAUUGAUCCCGAUACCUUGACGGUCAAGGAAAUUGUCAAGAUUCAUUUGCAUUACGACAAGCAGUCUCUGAAUAUUACCGAAGAAGAUAUUAUGAUCGAGGGACCCUCGAAAGGUAUGCAAGGGGCCCAACUAUCGGCACGCAAGGGAAAACAACGACGGGGGAGUCAGCUCGACCCGGGGGUCCUCAUGACCCUUCAACGAUGUGCCUUGAUGUUGGAACGAAAAAUGACUCCCAACGGAAGUUUGUUUAUGGAUGCGAGUGACUUGUCCGAUAUUAUGGAUGGCAGUGCCAGGAGUGCACCCAGUUAUACAAUAGACAGUGUCAAACCAUUUGACUUUGAUAGUUCCGAACAAGAUCACUCGGGGAAUAAUGAAGUGGCCGUGUUUUCCUCCGAGUCUUCCAAAUUCAUGACGGAUUCAUCGGAACCUGGCACUCGAUCAUCCGCACGACAGGAAGAAUCAUCCCCCAAUUUUAGACGGGCUCACACCGAUGGGGCUCCGCGAACGGCCGUGGUAUCACGAUAUGCCUUGUCGCCAGGGAAUGCUCCCGUAAAACGAGCUGUUUCGGUGGACGAAACAUUUUGGGACAAGGGCCUGGAUUCCAGUAAACAAGACGCUGGUAGUAGCGAGUUUUGGAAAGCAGAGUCAAUUCCCACCCCAACGCCGUCAUCUCAUCCAACCACUUCCCCUACUAGCAACAUCACGAGUGCACCCACGAGAUCAUCGCGUCAGCAAAGAAUCGCCAACAACAACAACAACACGAAUGGUAAGCACGACAAACUGGAUGAUUCUUCCAUAAAGGAUUCUUCGGAUAGGUCUAACCAGAGCCGAAAAAAGUCCAAAAAGAAGAAAAAGGAGAAGAAGGAUAACGCGGACGACUCACACAGUGACAAAUCGACACAUAGCAACAAAUCGACAAGCAGCAAAAGUCGCAAGAAGAAGAAGAAGGAUAAUAUGGACGACUCUUCAAAACACAGUGACAAAUCGACAAGCAGCAGCAAAACUCGCAAGAAAAAGAAGAAGGAUAAUAUGGAUGACUCUUCAGAACACAGCAACAAAUCGACAAGCAGCAAAAGUCGCAAGAAAAAGCACCACAUUCCCGACAACCCCAAGCGAUCCAAGGACGGAUUGUCGACCUCAGAUCACAGUACUCUGCCAAGAGACGCCGACGGCUUGAAAUUCCAGCCACUGAAACGAACGUUAUCCGACACGCCACCAAAGAAAGAGCCUGUUGCGGAUCCGCCCGGAUUACGAAAAUUGCAAAAGGCACAGUCGUUCAGUGGCAGAGGAUCCAUGUUGGUGGCUAAUCCCAACUUUGAUUGGAAUGGUUUUCUGGGGGAGUCCACGCCACAGGGACUGAUCGAUCCAUAG